GGCCGGACAGACACCGCUCUGCCCGUCGAUGCCUAGCCCGCUGCAGGCUACAGUUCUAGCAGCAGUGCUCCUACCCCGCUGAAAAGGUCCGGCCUUCCAUACUGCCUCCUCUCUCUCUCUCUCGCUCGCUCGCUCUUUGUCAAACUUCGCCGGUCCCGAACCCGAAGCCCCGUUCCUCACUUCAACGCCGCACACCGGAGCGCGCGCCCGGCGUGGCUGGCGCUGCGUUGCUCCCCCGGUUCUCGCUAUAAAUAUAGUUUACACGCGUGUCUAGCCAGCCAGCCAGCCAUUGGAGGAGGCUCCGUUCCGCUCUGUUUAGCUCUAAACUUCGCCCCACACUGACCGACCGGCCGACCCCAGCUUGCUCGCCUCUCUUCUUCUUCUCUACUAGCUCGUUCUGUCUGCCCUGCCCGUGCUGACCCAGAUGGAGAAGGCGAGGAGGCCUCAGGUGCCGGCGUUCGGGGAGUGGAACUACUACUACCACUACGACGAGCCGGAGGCGGCGUGGUACGCCACGCCGGAGCCGCAGGCCUGCAGCGACGUGUGGUUCAAGUACUCGCCGCCCCCGCGCAAGCCCACGCCCACGCCCAAGAAGCAGCAGGCGAGGAGGAGGCGGCCGGCGGGCUGCGACAACGUGUCCGGGGAGCGUCAGCACGCGAGGCCGUCCUUGGACGCUGCUGCCGCGGCCAAAGGCGGCGCCUCCAGGCGGGUGGUGCGGCCGGUCGACGCGGACCUGUACCAGGUGCCACCGCCGGAGUUCACCCCCAACCGGCGGCCAACAAAGAGCAGGAGCCUGUGGAUGAUGGGCUGCCUGGGCUGCGUCGCCUGAAGCCCUCAACCUCUCCCGUGCUGACCAGACGGGAUGCUGCGUUAGCCCGGUUCAAAAAAAAAAAAGUCGGGAUGCUGCGUGUUUAUACCGGAGUAGUAAUAUUUAUAUCGGAAUUUUCACUCUCUCUUGUUGGGUUAGUUCUGUCUCUGCGAUGUUCGUGCUGCCCUCUUGGCUUGUGGCAAGAUAGUUAUUACUGCUACUCUUUUCGAGCUGGAGUAUCUACUCUCUUUUUUGUGUAAUGUAAUGUGGGUGCGGUUUCUGAAUGCAACAUCUCUUCGUUA